UCAAUGAUUGCUCUUGUUUUCUCCGUACUUAUUAGUCUAUGUCUCUUCUACCUGGGAUGGUGCCUAUGGACCAUAGUCAUCUACCACUGGCUGUUUUCGCCAAUCCAACAGCUACCUGGCCCGGUGCUUCAGAGGUUCUUUAGCACUAAUCUGCAGUUCGUCAUGGAACCCGAAAUGUCACCGCAUUACCACGACAAAUGGGAAUCGGUGUAUGGCAAGACAUUCUGCAUUCACGGGUUCGGCAAGGCAAUUAUUUUGCCUGAGCUCGAUCCACGAAUCUUGACUCUCGAUCCGAAGGCAAUGACCCAUGUUCUCAAUGAACCCAUCACGUACCCUAAACCGUGGCAAUCCCGCAGGCUCAUCAGCGAAUUGAUCGGCAAUGGUCUCUUUUCCGCGGAAGGGGCCUCCCACCGUCGACAGCGCAAGGUUCUGAAUCCCGCCUUCUCCAAUCACAAUCUUCAAAGUUUCGGACCGCUGUUCACCAGUCAAGUGUUUAAACUUCGCGAUGCAUGGAAGGCUCUUCUUGGCAAGGAACGCGAGGUUUCUAUAGACGUGGCUCACUGGUUUUCAAGGGCGACUUUCGAUGUGAUUGGCAUCGCAGGUUUUGAUUAUCACUUCAACGCAUUGGAAGCAGAAAGCAAUCCUGUGUACCUGGCGUACAGGGAGAUGUUCCAAGUGGGCGUGGACGAUGGCUUUACUGCACGGUCAAUUUUAGAAGUCUAUCUCCCUAUCCUCAAGAAGAUCUGGCCAGAUAAAAGGACAAACACCAUCCGUCGGAGUCAUGACAUUAUAUACGGUGUGGGUCGCCAAUUGCUGGAACGACGGAAGAAAGAGCUCGAAGAGGACCGCCGGACAAGUUUGCAUACGAAGGAUCUGCUGGGUCUCAUGAUUUUUUCCAACCUCUCACCCGAUAUCACGGAAGAUCAAAGAAUAUCUGAUCAAGAUAUGCUUGAUGAGAUCAACUCGUUCUUCUUCGCUGGUAGCGACUCUACGUCCCUUGCGUUGUCCUGGACGCUAUAUCUUCUUGCGACAACUCCAGAAGCGCAAACCAGAUUGAGAAAAGAAGUUCUCUCCCUUGACGCCGAUGCCUCGUUUAAGGCUAUUGAUGCAUUGACUUUCCUCGACAAAUGUUGCAGAGAAGAAUUACGUCUCAUUCCUCCUGUUCACAGUUCGCUGCGAGUCGCGGAUCGUGACGACAUUCUACCCCUUUCAACGUCAAUUCAACUCCGAAACGGCGAGGUCGUUGAUCAAGUUCACGUGCCAAAAGGAACCUGUAUCCACAUACCCAUCGAGGGUUUCAACCUGUUGUCAAGUGUCUGGGGACCAGAUGCACACCGCUUCAACCCAGACAGGUGGGAUAAUUUGCCCUCUGCUGUAAAGGAUCAGCCUGGGCUCUAUUCUAAUCUAAUGACGUUCUCCGGCGGUCCCCGGGGUUGCAUUGGGAUGCGAUUUUCUAUCAUGGAAAUGAAGAUUUUCCUUUUUCAACUCGUCCGGUCCUUCGAAUUCGUCGCAAAGGAGAAAGUGGUGAAGCGAAAUGUCGUACUGACACGUCCAUUCGUGCUUGGAAAACGUAGAUCGCAGCUUCCCAUAAUUAUACGCAUGGUGGACAGUCGCGACGAGGGUACCACAUUAUGAGGCUGAUGUUAAUACCCAUUUAUGAAUGCGAUAUAUUGAACAUGUCAAGCACGAAUCAGGGCACAAACGCUCUUCAUUCCCGAUCACCCAGCCCCUUUUGCCGCUCCUCUUCCCAUCGCCUUCGCACAACUUUCGCCUCCUGCGUAAACCGAGAAUAUGGAACGGUGAUUCGUCUCCGAGAGGCGUGCAUAGUGUCGUCGUCAUUACGGAUGACAGAUCCGAUGGCCAGGAAGAACGAGAAGGUCGCCGCACUGGAGAGCAUGUAUUGUGAAAGCGUGGGGAGGAAUCCUCGCGGUCCUGCGCCACCUCUUAGGAUUGAAUAGCUUCCAAAGAUAAACCCAAUUGUCAGACCCACGCCAGCGCCCAUCAUUGCUCCCAUCUUGACUGAAGCAGACAAGAGUCAGAGCGGCUUCUGGUUCCAGAGAAAGCGCACUCACGCUUUUCCCAGACUGUAGGUCCAGCAACCGGUCGAUUCAUGUUGCUGAUCGGAUAUGAUACU